AUGAAACGACUCUGGAACAAAAUCGGGUCCGGUGUGAAAAACGCCAAUCAUUUAAAAAUGUCGAUUGAAGAAGUUGCGAAAAUCGAAAAAGGAGAGACCAAGGUUGGUAUUUGUUCAUUACAAAAGCAAAAUAAUUUUUUCAGGUCGUUCCGCCAAAAUACCCUACGGAGAAGAUUCGCGAAGUCACAUUUGGUUGAGAAUAUGAAUAAGAUGAAUAUCACUUCAACUGAUCCAGUUGAGAGGUGGACAUCGACAAAAGAUCUUCCAACUCGCGAAUCUGAAUUUCUUCACCGUAAUGAUCCAAUGUGGGAAUAUGGUUUUUACGAGCCGCCCGUCGAACGGAUUCCAAAAGACAAGUUGAUGUUCAGAGAAGCACUCGAAUACUUACGAUGUCGCCAAGAAUUACUUUCAGAAACUAGUUCAGAGCCACAAAGGAAACAAGCAGCUCAAUUAAUGUCAGAUCAUGUUGUCACAGCUCGAGUGAAUUCGGAAACCUUGGAUGACAUUUACGAAUACUUCCGGCCAUUUGAACGAAAGGACAAACAGAAGGUAACAUCAAGUACUAAAGUAUUGAAAAAAUUGUUUGAAUUACAGGUGGUUAAUCGGCAUGCUCUUGCAGAGCUUCAGGAUCAUUUACAAGGUCAUUCAGAUGAGAGAAAAAUUCUGGAUGAAGCACAGGACGUUGGAAAGAAGCUGCGCCAAAUUAGCGACAAUGCGAAGUUCCUCGACGAGUAUCAAAGAGUUAGUUCUUACGAAAAACUGGAAGACCAAGAGAAGGAAAAAGUUCGCGAAGCAAUCGCCCAACUUCGACAAGAAGAACAUGAACGCCUGAAUAAGAGACUUGGACAGAUAGGAGAAAUGGAGAAGUCUGCACAGGAAGCAAUGAAAAAAGCUGUUGAAGAAAAGAAGCAUAAAUAG